AAAGCUAUCCAUUGUAUGAAUGGGUGUCGUAGAUAUGCUUUAUCCUCUUUUAUUCCUUCGAGUAAUCGUAUUGGAGAAGCUACCUUUAAGAGUGUAGCACAUACUUGUUGGUUUUGUGUUCCUGAACAACAAAUGAAACAAUAUGAAAUACUUGCAAGAGGAAGUGGUUGCAUCGUACGUGGGAAACAAGACAAUCUAUUAUGGGCUUUAGUAUCUGCUCAUGUGGCUGCACCUUUUUUGUUUCGUAGUUAUUUUCCACAAGAGUGGUUAUCUAUGGUGAACGAACAACACUGCAAACAUACUUUAUAUGGAGAAAAUAAUGAUCAACCCAAAAUAAUAGAAACUGGAAAUAUCAUUUGGAAACAUGAGUUGUUGGAUGUAGCAGCUUUUGGUUUACAAAGACACAACGUGAGUGAUGAAAAGGAAUGGGAAUGGUUGACAAGUCAGGCAGUGGAAUUGGAACCUUUAUCUGAAUGGUCAGGAAAACAAUCUGUAGUUGUUCAAGGUUGGCAAGUAAAAGGAUCAGUCGGUUCAGGACAAGAGAAAUUAGUUGCGUGUUCGUUGAAUGGAACUAUUCAAGUACAACAAGGCAUUCGAUAUUUCAUCAAUACGCAACCUCAUAUAGCUUAUCAUGGGAUGUGUGGAGGUCCCAUCUUAUUACCUCAAAGCAUAAUAAUAAUAAUAAUAAUAAUACUUGCAUAGGCAUAUUGGAAGGUCGAGUACCG